AUGGGUUUUACUCUAUAUUCAACCGAAAUUCAAACGAGCUAUACACCAUUAGCACUGCCUCGCACAGAACCAUUAAUAACAAAAGAAAUCUCAUUCGCUUUUAUACAGGACUUUAAUGGAUCAGACGAACAUCGACAAUUACAAUUAUUAUCCAAUGUUUACGACACCCAUCAGUUAUGGAUAUUUUUAUCAUUGAAUCCAACGUGUUACAACUGUCAGACUUUUAUCGAUGAACUUUACCAAUUAACAUCGAACUCAUUAUCAGUCAAACAACAUCUGGAAUCACGAAUUAUUGAUUUGACAAAAGAAGACGUUGAUGUUUUAUUGGAUGGAAGAAUUCUUUUAAAAGACUUAGAAGAGAAAGUAAUUCAAGCCAUUCAUGAGCUAGGUGGAUAUGUAUUCUUUAAAAUGCAUAGAAGUCCAAAGGACGCAUUUGAAACUCUGUGUAAAGAAAUCAAUGGUGAAUGGUCUACUGUGUGGGGUUUGAAAUGCGAUGAAGAUCCGAGUGUACAUUUUAUGAAAAUUCAAAAUAUCAACCAACUUAAAGUGCUCCUCAAAACUAGUAAUCGUAUUCGUGAUGAUUUAAAAGAAGUUUCUUCUCAAUGGAAUUUCGUUUUACGAAAAUGGAUAGAUCACAUGUCAAAUGAGUAUCGAUGUUUUGUUUGCAAUGGAAAGGUAAAUGCUGUAUCAGCAUAUGGGUGCAAUAAAGAUCCUAUAGACAAUGAAAAACAAGUGAUAGAAUUUAUAAAUUCAAAAUCAUUUCAAGAUAUUAUACUGGCGAUUCCAUAUAGUCAUGCAGUUGUUGAUUGUUCAAUAGAUCCAACGAAUUAUGAAGUGAAAAUAAUCGAAAUAAAUCCCUUUAGUAAACGGUCAUCUUCCGCAAAAUUUUCCUGGGUAAUAGAUAAAUAUACGCUUUAUUAUCACUAUGACACAAACGGAAAUGUCAAUGUUAAACUUUAA